AUAGUGGACAUGCUUCCUAGGGUUUGUGGAGGGGAGCAGGGCUCUGAUCGAUUUGGGUAAUCACGGUGGGUUUCAGUUUAUCGGAAAGAUGCCGACGUACAAAAUCAGGGGUGUCGACGUCGAUUUCCCUUUCGAGGCUUACGAUUCCCAGCUUAUUUACAUGGAGAAAGUCAUCCAAUCUCUUCAAGAUAAAUGUAAUGCGCUAUUAGAGAGUCCGACCGGGACUGGAAAGACACUGUGUCUCCUGUGUGCCACAUUGGCUUGGAGGAAAAGUCUGGGUGGGUUUUCCUUGCGGAAGUGUGAAAGAAAACGUCAUAAUGGAGCCAGCCAGGAGUUGGGUAAUGCUUCAGUAUCACAGUCUCAGUCAUCACGUUUGCCUGCCAUUAUAUAUACAUCACGCACCCACAGUCAGAUUAAGCAAGUGAUUGACGAGCUAAAAAGGACAAAUUACAGACCUAAAAUGGUUGUGUUAGGAUCUCGAGAGCAAUUGUGCAUCCAUGAAGAAGUUAGUGUACUCCGUGGGAGAACACAGAAUAAUGCCUGCCGCUUGCUAUCUAAAAGAAAGGGAAAAAAGUAUUGUGCCUAUUUUCCUCGCGUUGCAGAGUUUGUGAAGACUAAUCCUAGUUUAGGAGAUGAGCCGAUUGACAUUGAGGAUUUAGUCAACAUUGGAAGAAGAAAUCACACGUGCCCUUAUUAUCUCUCGCGUGAACUUCACGCCGAUGUUGACAUCUUAUUUGCACCUUACAACUAUCUUAUUGAUCGAGAAAAUCGGAAAACUUUGAAUAUUGAGACGUCAAACAGUAUACUUAUCUUUGAUGAAGCUCACAACUUGGAGAGUUUAUGCGCUGAUGCAGCCUCUUUCGACAUACCAGCAGGGCUUCUGACAGCUUGCAUCACUGAAGCAAAAAAUUGUGUGGAUCUUUCCAUUGGCAGGAGAGAAAUGUCGUCUGACAAAUCGUGCAAUCCCGAUAACUUUGCCAUUCUCAGAGCACUUCUUUUGAAGCUGGAGAAGAAAAUUGCUGACAUGCCUAUCAAUUCAAAAGAACUUGGGUUUACAAAACCCGGGCCUUACAUUUAUGAGCUACUUGCUGAUCUUAACAUCACUUACAAAACAGCCAACAUGCUCAUUGAUAUAAUUGAAGAAGCUAUUGUGCUUCUUCAGGAAGAUGCAGGUGUUACUAAUAAGGAAGGAUUAAACAAACAGAACUGUAGGCUGGAAAGCAUGGGGGAAUUUCUUAGAAUGAUUUUUAGAGAUGCUGGCAAUCUCCAUGCCAAAUACUAUCGUACCCACAUUCAGGAAGUUGAAGGAAGUGGCCAUGAUGCCUAUAAAGAUAAGGCAUCAAGAAUGUUAAGUUGGUGGUGUUUCAAUCCAGGAAUUGCCAUGGAAGAGUUUUCCAAAUGGGGUGUUGGAUCUAUAAUAUUAACAUCAGGCACACUAUCCCCAUUGGACUCAUUUGCAGAUGAAUUAAAGCUUGAAUUUCCUAUUCGUUUGGAAAAUCCUCAUGUCAUAUCAGAAGAUCAAGUAUGGGCCGGGGUUGUACCUGUUGGCCCAUCCGGUUAUCCUUUAAACUCUUCCUACCGGAGUCGUGAUUCCCUCCAAUACAAGCUAGAUCUUGGCAAUGCCAUUGUCAAUUUUGCUCGAAUUGUACCCGAUGGACUUCUUGUAUUCUUUCCAUCAUACUAUUUGCUGGAACAGUGUGUUGGGUGCUGGAAAUCUAUGGAUAAUGGAAACCAAACAAAUUCUAGUACAAUCUGGGAAAGAAUAUGCAAGCACAAACUACCUGUUGUGGAGCCAAGACAAUCUUCUCUCUUUCCUUCAGCAAUUGAAGACUACAUGUCUAAGUUAAAGGACAAAUCAGCUUCUGGAGCAGUGUUUUUUGCAGUCUGUCGUGGCAAGGUGAGUGAAGGAUUAGAUUUUGCCGACCAUGCUGGGAGAGCUGUUGUGAUCACUGGCAUACCAUUUGCAACUACAAGUAAUCCUAAGGUUCGUUUGAAGCGUGAAUAUAUGGACCAACAAGCCCAAUCGCAACUACCAUCAACAGCUAAGGGCCUUACUGGAGAAGAGUGGUACAAUCAACAAGCAUCACGUGCUGUAAAUCAGGCUGUUGGUCGUGUCAUUCGCCAUAGGCAUGACUAUGGUGCUAUCAUUUUUUGUGAUGAAAGGUUCACUCAUCCAAAUCGUCGAGCCCAAGUAUCACGUUGGAUACAACCUCAUAUGAAUUGUUACUCCAAAUUUGGUGAGGUGGUUUUUUCACUAACUCGCUUCUUUCGAGAUGCAAGAGUGUCAAACCCAACAAAACGUGAGCUCAUGCAGUAUGAUGCAAGGGAAAAUGUCAGUCAAGUUAAAGACUUCAAACCUCUAUCUGAUGUUAAGAUUUCCAGCACUUCGUCCUUGCAUGUUCCUCCUGCACGCAAUGCCAAACAUUGCAACAAGAAUGUCAUUAAUCUGGAUGACAUCGUCCCCGCCAACCGUUCAUCUCUGAAAUCUGAGAAGGUAUUUCAGGAUUUGACUGUAAAGAAGUCAAGCAAUUUGUUUGAAUUUGAAAGCAAAUUGUUGGGCCCUUUGAGAAAAACACCAGCGUAUGGCCAUCAUAAAAUAGUUGAUUUGAUCAGAACAGAAUCUGAUGAGGAUAUUAUUAAACCUUGCUCCCUGAAGAAGCCUAGAUUGGUUAUAACAGGACCUGAACAGAUAGGUUCUUCUAGGGAAGGUAACAAGGGUUCCAAUGUGUUGGAUGAUGGAAGAUUAACCAAUCUUGGAUCUCAAAAAAAGAUAGAAAAGCUACCUAAAGAUGAGAUGAGGUUGCAAACUGAGGUUGCCUUAUCUAAUAGUGAUGGAAAACUGUCUCCUUCUGCCACAUCUUCUCAAGACGUCGAAAACAAAGGAUCCACCUUUCUUGUCCAGGUCCGUGAGAAGCUUAGUGAUCUGGAAUACAAAGAAUUUGUUACUUACAUGAAAGCCUUGAAGUCCAAAGCAAUGAAAAUCGGUCAUGUCCUGGAAUCCAUUGCAAGAUUGUUUUCUCUUCCUGAUAGACUACCUCUUCUUCACAGAUUCAAGGAUUAUAUCCCCGUCAAGUAUCAAUCUUUAUACGAGCAGCACAUAAAAAGGACAUGAUUCAUGCAACCGGCCUCAAACAAUGGAUCCCAACAAAAAUUUCUCCCUAACAAUGGAAACAUCUCUACAGCCACCGCAGAUGCAGAGGUUCAACAGCCUCUCUGCAUUCUCAUCGCGGUACACAUUUUUUCUCCUCGUCACCAAACACCCUGGUGCUGAUAUGUUGUGAUCCUUUGUCAGAAACUUCUCAUGCCAGAACAAGAAGGAUAGUUGCGCUCCUUGUUAACAAAGUGUUUGGAUUUUAGUUAGCUGAUUUUGAGGUAAGGGCUACUGCCCUGCACAAUCCAAUCUUGCAUAGAGUUUAAGGCCAACUCGAGUGAAUUCCUUACCGAAAUAAAUUAUGGGUUUCAUUCCUGUGGGAAAGUUUUACAGU